CGCGCCCCGCCCCCACCAACCUGGCAACGCGACUCCACCUCCGACAACCAACAACACACUCAUACUCUACCGGACUACUGUGUACGAUAUAACAUCAUGUCAGAAACAGUUGAGAUUUCGUCGGCGGCGCAGCUGAAUGGCCUCCUCUCCUCUUCGCGUGUGGUAGUGGUCAAUUUCUACAAUGAAGCCGACGCAGCCUCGAGAGCCAUAUCUACGAUAUACGAUCAACUGGGAAGCCAAUUAUCGCGUCCAAAUAGUGUCACUUUCUCCAAGGUGAAUGUGGAACAACAGAAGCAUAUAGCUCAGAGCUACAACAUUACAAACCCUCCUACCUUUGUGAUCUUCAAGAAUGGCCGACAGAUAUCCAAAGUAAACGGUGCAAAUCCCCAACAACUCUCGGAUGCGAUUAAGAGACUCGCGAACGAGGCCGAAGCGGACCAGUCCUCCAGAGGCGGUGCCAGCUCAAGCUCUGGUGGAAGCUGGUUGGGAGCAAGCCUGCCUAGGGGUUACCACGAUAUUUCCGACCAGGUCGACAUACGUGGCUUGGACUUGCUGAACUCCGAUAGCGAAUUCGGUGGCGUACGCACCCUGUUCGAAACCACGGCGCCGUCGUCCGCUGCAAAGGGCAAAGGUACAGCCAGCGGAUCGGAGUCCAAAAAGGACUGGGUGGAAAGUGACGUGGACGAACAAUUGAUGCUUUAUAUCCCCUUCACAUCAACCGUGAAAGUACAUACGAUCCAGCUCACAUCACUUCCCCCGAAGGAUAACGACGAUGACAUACCCCUUCGGCCAAAGACUAUCCAUUUAUAUACGAAUAGACAGCACAACCUGGGGUUCGAAGAGGCCGAAGACAUACCUGCCACGCAGAUUAUCGAGCUGAAGGCAUCGGACUGGGAUGAUCAGACGGGCACAGCCAAACUUGAGCUCCGCUUCGUUAAGUUUCAGAACAUCUCCUCGCUGGUACUUUUUGUGGUGGAUGGAGAUGGCAGCGGCGAGAGGACAAGGAUAGACCGCAUUCGCAUUGUAGGUGAAGCAGGAGAGAAGCGGGACAUGGGAAAACUGGAAAAGAUAGGAGAUGAUUCCUAGUGUAGCCUCGACAACGACCACAAGCCGAGAUGUAUCAGGUAACUCGGUAAUGAAGAGACAGAAUCAAGGCAUGCAAUUCUAGCGGAGAGAUUAUGACCAACAGGGACUGGACCAUCGCAGAUGAAUCUAUGUUGAGAUGUUCGACCUUUUUCCAGCAAAGGCGCCACGGUAAUGGACGCCCUCACAAAGUGUAUACGAUCGAUUGUGCAAUAUGUUCGUUCUGAGAGGUCAAUGACACUUGGUACGCCAUGGUAAUGUAGCAUCCAAACAACAGGGGAAACUGUAAUAUUGACCUCUGCCGCACGAAGAGUGGAAAAGGUUCGCAGGACGUCAAGCUUUUUGAGGUUUGCGAGCACGGACCAUCGGAAACAUUAUUUUCCGACCGAC